GGUUGCCGACAGAUCAGAAGGAACAUCAGUUUGUGUGUGUUUGUGCAAAUGAGGCUGUGCUUUCACAGCAGUCUGGGGGAGCUUCAGCACUUCUACUGAGUUUGCAGCAGCCAGCAAUGCAAAAAGCAAGAAGAAGCAGAAACUACAAUUGACCAGAAAGAGCAGACUCAAUGAGCUAUGAGAAUAUAGAUGUGUUUGAAGGCUUCUACACAUCCCACUCGACGACAGAAUCAUGAAUAAACUGGCAGACAAGCAGGACCAGAUGAUACCAUGAAGAGAAGUUUACAGGUCCUCUAUUGCCAGCUGUUUCGUGUUCUACUGAUCUUGGCACUGACAGAAGAGCUGGUGUUUGCUGUUCAGAUACUGUCUCCCGGUGUAUCGUCAUCUCAGGGCCUCCUGCCAGACACUACCACUAUCACAGCCAUGGGGACAACACCUCGACACAAAGGCAAUCAUAUCAUAGGACCCGUUCCCACAACUACUCAUUCAACUCUUCGUUCAACUCACCCAACGCAGACGUCUGCCCCUUCCAUUGACCAGAAGCAAGCAACCAGCACCCAUCACGGUGGCCAAAAGGAAACAUAUCAUUUAUACAACCAGAGUGCUUUGUAUUCAGGACAGACUCGCCCCAAGGGGAAAAUAUUUCAGAUUUUCAAAGGCAACUUCACAGAAUCUACAGAGCCUUACCUAAAGACAGCACUGCAUUCUCCUUUUCCUAAUCUGAGGCGCCCAUUCACUAACCACCCAUUUCAGCCCCCCGAGAGUACAGCCUCCAAUGAUCCCAAUAGUACUGGGCCAGCAACUACUACAGACUCAAGCUCUUCACUCCACAGCAACACCUCAGAAGGCCUUAAAAAAGCAGAGCAGGUAAACGGAACAUGGCUAGUUAUGCAGCAAGCAGAUCUUACCACCCCAACAGCUGGCCCAUCAACUGAUCCCAAACCCGUGUCCGUGCCUUUUAAACCCACACAUUUUUAUAUAGGGGAUAUCCUGAGCAAAAAUAACUCGUGGGUAACCUUGAGUCCAGGUACAAAUGUACCUUUGUUUGCCAGCCCUGGAACUGCAACGAUAGCAGGCCAUUCAGUGCAGACCAGCUUUGAGGUCAACAUUUCGUCACCUACAAUGGGAAAGGCGAAAAGAACAUCCCUGACCCAGCAUACCACGGUGAAUAAUGCUACUUUAUCCAACAGUGCUCUCUCCACAGCACCCACCACUAGGCUGGCCAGCUCCAUUUCAACAGCUGGUUCCACAGCAACAGGAAACUUCCUGAACAGACUGGUGCCUGCUGGAACCUGGAAGCCGGGCAUGCCAGGGAAUAUUUCCCAUGUCACUGAGGGGGAUAAGCCCCAGCACAGAGCAACUAUUUGUCUCACCAAGGUGGACAUUGCCUGGAUCAUUCUGGCUAUCAGUGUACCUAUAUCUUCAUGUUUUCUGCUGACGGUCUGCUGCAUGCGGAGGAAGAAAAAGACAUCUAACCCAGAAAACAACCUGAGCUAUUGGAACAAUGCUAUCACCAUGGACUAUUUCAACAGGCAUGCUGUUGAGUUACCAAGAGAGAUUCAAUCCCUUGAAACUUCAGAGGACCAUCUGUCUGAGCCACGUUCCCCAGCCAAUGGUGAUUACAGAGACAGUGGGAUGGUCCUUGUUAACCCCUUUUGUCAAGAAACGCUAUUUGUAGGACAUGAGCAAGUGUCUGAAAUAUGAUCCCACACCUGCCCUUGUAUUGCAGUUCCAUCUUUAGUGUCUCCAAAUUAUAAAUAAAUAUAUAUAUUAUAAAUAUAAUCUUUGUGUAACCCUGAAUUAUGAGAAAUGUUUUCAGCUUUUUUCCCCUAAAAAUUGUCAACUUCUUUUUUAUAAGUGUGGUAAAACUUUACAGAAAACUGUGGCUUUAUAAAAUAAAAGUAUUUCUAAGCAAAACACCUACUGAACCAACUGCUUUUCCUGCUAUCAUUUACUAACUGCUUUUACAAAAUGCUUAGUCAGUAUCGUCACUACGGAAGGUUAGCCUCUCUGAAGACUGUGCUUAUUUGGUACUGCACAGGACUCUUUUUCCAAGGGACAGGCCUCUGCUGUACACUGGGAACCCCACCGUUCAUUAGGUUUCACCAGUUGUAGUCAUGUCUGGCUAUAGAAUCCCUCACCAGGAACUCAUGACCAAUGUAAAAAGCAAAGACUCGGGAUAGCUUCUUCAAAACAAGUAUGAUUUUGGUUCAUAGAAAUGUAACUAGCAGACAAAAAACGGGUAAAACAAUAAAAGACUGACCACACAUUUUCAUACCAAAACUUAAGUCUUUCUUUGCUAAUUUAAACAGGCCCUUAACUUAUCCAACUCUGAGAAUCAGCUUGCCUCUCCCUAGACUGCCUAUCUAGGUCUCCUAGAAUCUCCCCCUCUUGGUCAUGCUUCUUUGAUCAGAACCAAAGCUUUUUGUUUUUAUGUCUCACCAUGACCUUCCCCCUUCCCCUCCUCACGAGUGCUUUGAGUUUAGGUGAAACAUAAAAGGUAAUAACUGUGGUGUAGUCUUGCGGAGUACUGAUCAUAACACUUAGUCUGAAAUCACUGACAUUUUUUGCCGGAAUUAACUCUAGUAGUCACAGAGCCAGCAAUGCAGUAACAAUCACAGAAAUGCAAGGCUGGAAGGGACCUCUAGUGUUCACCUAGUCCAGUCCUCUGCACUAAGACCGGGGCAAGUAAACCUAGGCCAUCCUUGACAAUUGUAUGUCCAACCUGUUCUUAAAAACCUCCACUGAUGGGAAUUCCACAGCUUCCCUUGAAAACUAUUCCAAAGUUUAGCUAUAUAGUUAAAAAGCUUUUCCUAAUAUCAAACCUAAAUCUCCCUUGCUGCAGAUUAAGUCAAGUGUUUAUUUUCCUAUCUUCAAUGGUCAUGGGUAACAAUUGAUCACCAUCCUUUUUUUAACAGCUCUGAACAUAUUUAAACAUGCACAUACAAUAUUCAUUAAGGGUGUGUCUAGACUACAUGGUUCCGUCAACGGAGCCAUAUAGUCUAGACACACCCUAAGAUAAAACAGACUUAUCGCCCUUACUUGGUACACAUUCCACAUUAGAUUCACUUGAUAGAGCAAGUGCAGGAGAUCUCAUAUGCUGAGAUAUGUUCUAGCUGUUUCUGUGUUAUGAAAGAGACAGCACCACAGUGAGCCCCUCCUAGCACUCGCACUGUAGACCCAGACAGUGUGCUGAUGCUAGCAGUUGUGGAGCUUUAGGGAAUUGGCUACCAAGCCUGGCAGCAGUUCAGUCAUUGUGCCAGUAGGGAAUGGACAGCGAGAUCAAGGGGUUGGAAAAGGCACUAUCUCCUGUGAGCAUCUAGCCGCACAAGCAGAGGAGAUGAAUGUUUCAUCUUUUAUUAAAUGAGAUAUUUAUGUACUGUGCUCCCACAGUGCUCUCAGAAUACCUCCGUUCUUCUGCAACAUCGCCAAAUCCCCAGUACUCCUCCCAUCAAACAGUGUUCAUAGGAAUCUGGAUAGCACAUAAUAUGCACAAUUCUAAGAGAAGAACAGUGCUGUCAGGGACUAAUCCCCUUCUCGUUCACAGGCAGCACUCACAUUGAAGUCCUGGUGAGGAUGCAAGAUUUGCAGUAGAUUCUAUAGAACCAAUAGAUCGCGAUCUACCAGUAGCUCUUGAGCCCUCUCUGAACU